AUGGCGAACACGGGGAUGACUAUUCACGCGUCCUACCUCUCCAUGAUGUUACUCCUCGCAUUACUGGCUCCACCCUGCACGCCCGCCAUGGACACCGACGACGGCCGCCGUGCUCGCGCCGCCGCCAUCGUCGCUGACAUUCUGUCGGCGCACAACACGGCGCGGCGGGCGGUCGGGGUGGCGCCCCUGACUUGGAGCACGGGGAUCGCGGAGCUCGCCAAGCGCUACGCCGGCUCCCGCCGCGGGGACUGCGAGCCGCGGCGCUCGUCGCUGUUCAACUUCGGCGAGAACGCGGUGGUGGGGAAGGGGCGUCGCUGGAACGCCUCGGCGCUGGUCGCGCAGUGGGUGGACGAGGGGCGGCUGUACCACCGCGCCACAGCCUCGUGCGCGGCGCCGGCGGGGCUGUCCGGGUGCGCGCGGUACACGCAGGUCGUGUGGCGCAACACGACGCAGCUCGGCUGCGGUAAAAUCGUCUGCGACUCCGGCGACACGCUGCUCGUCUGCGACUACUUCCCACCGGGAAACUAUGGCACCGGCCCGGCAUACUGAUCGCGCGCCGGCCGUUGAAUGAUCACGCAGUGCAUGCAAGUUAAUCAAUCGCUUUGCACUACGUACCGUGGACCGUGGUGCUUGAAGCCAUUGGUUGUGUGUUGCAUGUUUGUUUUCUUUGUGAUUCACUAAUUGUGCUCUGUUCAAAAAUAAAUAAGUUCACAUUUUCACCGUUAA